GCCCGGGUAGCCAGAUAAUGGCCCACGGGCCAGAAGUGGCCCGCGGGGGGUUAUAUACAGUGCGGACAAUGAAUGAAAGGGUUGAUAAAAAGAGAUUCUAUGGGCAUGGUGAUGAGGAAAGGUAAACAUGGGGAAUGUCAUGGCAGCAAGUUCUCCUGCACCCCCUCCAUCAGGAUCCUCUCCAAACCCCGGUCUAGUAAAUGUUCCGCCAGGCUUCACAAUGCCCCCUGUGACUGGGCUGACCCCCGCCGCGGACAAGAAGGAAGCCCAGGAAGAACGGCUGCCUAAUCCCGGUACCUACGAGGAAUGUCAUCGCAAGUGCAAAGAAUUAUUUCCCAUGCAAAUGGAAGGCGUGAAACUGACCGUAAACAAGGGCCUGAGCAACUACUUCCAGGUGAAUCACACGAUUUCUCUCAGUACCAUCGGCGAGUCCAACUAUCACUUCGGAGCGACGUAUGUAGGGACAAAGCAGCUAAGUCAAACAGAGGCUUUCCCCGUUAUGGUCGGGGAUUUGGAUAAUAACGGCAGCCUCAAUGCACAAAUAAUCCAUCAGCUCACCAGACACGUCCGGUCGAAGAUUGCUUUGCAGACGCAACAGUCCAAGUUUGUAAAUUGGCAGAUUGACACGGAAUACAGAGGAGACGAUUUCACGGCGGCUGUCACGCUAGGAAAUCCAGACGUGUUGGUGGGAUCUGGUAUCGUGGUUGCUCACUACCUGCAAAGCAUCACUCCCAAUCUGGCAUUGGGAGGAGAGCUGGUUUAUCACAGGCGUCCCGGGGAGGAAGGAACGGUAAUGUCUUUGGCUGGAAGAUAUACAGCUCCAAACUGGAUCGCGACUUUAACUCUCGGUCAGGCAGGAGCCCACGCAACGUACUACCAUAAAGCCAACGAACAACUUCAGGUUGGAGUGGAGUUCGAGGCAAGUAGUCGGAUGCAGGACACAAGCGUCUCCUUCGCUUAUCAGCUGGAUCUCCCCAAAGCAAACCUUCUGUUUAAAGGCUCUGUUGACAGUAAUUGGAUAGUGGGGGCCACAUUAGAGAAGAAGUUGCCGCCAUUACCUCUAACGCUUGCCAUGGGCGCCUUCCUUAAUCACAAGAAAAACAAAUUCCAGUGUGGCUUUGGACUGACCAUCGGUUAACAUCGGCCUCCUGUACAGCGCUUGUGGUCUCCCCUUCCCACCCAGACAUGUGGCCUCUCCACCUGCUUGUCGUCUUCUCUACUCCUGGUUUCCAGAUUCGCUCCUUCCUCCCCUGACUCCUGCCAGGCACACAUUUUAAAGUUUGUUUUAUCUUUGUGGGUAGGGAGGCAGUGAAUGGAUUAUCUGUCAUAUGGAUACUGGGUCCCUGGGUUGGAGGGGAAACUGCCUUUUCCUCUUCUCCUUCCACGGUCUCUGUUCAGUGGGCACUGUCUUUCUGUUUCCUCCACAACAUGGUCUCUCUCUUGUUGUGGCUGUCUGUACCCUCAUCCUUUAUGUUUUGUGAAAGACUGUGUUCUUUGAGUUGGGACUGUCUCUUCCAUCAUUUUCCCCGAUGUGCUCCUUCAUUCGCGUCUUCGUUCUUUUACUGGUUAUGAUCAUGCCCCUCUGGGUUUGAGAAGUGCCAUCACUAGGUUAGGUCUUACCGGGACCCACCUAGGCCCUCUCCGACCCUGUGCUGCUGUCUGAGGGAGAGGAGGUCUAAGUCCUGCUGCUUGUGCCCCCUCUAUAUGGAGUGUGGAUGUAAAUCAUGUUUAUAAGUUAUAAAAAAAACAAAACACUGAUCUUUUACACAAAACAGAAGUGAAGCCCAAAGCAGAGUCAUGACUGGGCAUAUUCAGCAUCAAUAAAAUGACUUCUGCACAGGG